AUGCCGCCAUGGGUACCGGCGAUUGGCGGCCUGGGCCUCGCUCUUUGGUCCACCCCCACCGGCUCUCUCGCAGCCUAUUCCCAUCUGCGAGAGCGGAGCCAGCUGCCCUGGCAAUCCGAAUCCAAACAAGAUGAGAAGCUGGUGGAGCACAUUUUUCGUAACCGGCGUGAGGGCUUUUUCGUGGAGCUGGGUGCGGCAGAUGGGAAGCACUUCUCAAACACCUAUGCCUUGGAACACGGGAUGAACUGGUCAGGGAUUCUCAUUGAGCCCGUGGAGUCUCAGGUCCGACUGUGCCGAGAACAUCGUCCCCGAUCUGUCUGUGUCCAUGCGUGUGUGGCAAAGGAGGCUGGAAGCCAGGAGUUUUUCGAAGACCAGGCCAUCUUGGAAAGUGGCUUGGCCAGAUAUCGAAAUCAUCCUGUUGGCCCGUUAGAUGUGCAGAGGCAAGUGCCAUGCCUGACUUUACCAGAGAUCCUUGGCUGA